AAAUACAAAAUAACAAACAGUAUAAGUUGAAUUUUAGAGCUGACCGCAAUAUGAGUUUAUACAACGCAGACGAAUUGGUAGCCCCUCUCUGGAUGAAUACAGGUUUUUUCGAAAAGGUGCUUAGGAGUUGUGAAAAUGACAGUAGUAUCGAGGUAAUCAAUGUUUCAAUAAGCCCGGCGAGCAUGAAGGGGGAUCACUAUGCCAGUAUUAUGUUUCGAAGUAAAGUGGAAUAUCUAAUGGGAUCCAAAGAGUUUAGUUUAACGAAGUCGGUGAUUGUCAAAACCCUACCAGAAGAGGGUAACAAACAUGAUAUGUUAUCCCAAUCACAAUUAUUCGAAACUGAAAUUAAUAUGUACAAUGUUACAUUGCCGAAAAUAGCACAUAUUUUAAAAAUACACGGCGAUCCGAUUACUCUGGCACCAAGAAUACUAUAUUGUUCCUUGAAGCCGCAUAAAAUUAUUGUAUUGGAGGAUAUUAGUGAACAAGGAUUCGAAAUGAUGCGUAAUCGUUUCCCAACUGAAAAUGAAAUGAAAAAAAUAUAUCGAAAAUUGGCUAAAUUACAUGCUGUAAGCUAUAUGAUGGCGCAAUGUGAGGAAUAUAAAAACGUCACUCAGUAUCAAUGUGGAAUUUGCAGCUCAGAUUCAAUUCUAGAAUACGAGAUGUUUAAGAGCGCAAUCCAUAAUUUUAUAAAACUUCUAACAUCCCAGCCGGAAGUGGAUAUAUAUGCACCAAAAUUUCAAGCAAUGGAAAGCGAAGUUUUGCGAAAGUGUCACGAAUUGUUUUGUGCCCAUAGGAAUGGAAUAAAAACUGAAGCUCUUGUUCUCAAUCAUGGAGACUUUCAUUUAAAAAAUUUAAUGUUUAAGUUUGACGAAAAUUCUCAGAUGCAGGACUUCAUUAUGGUUGAUUUUCAAUUAAGCGUAUAUGCACCUCCCAUUAUUGAUUUAACUUACUCCAAAUAUAUGAUGUGCAGUUCACUGAUGCGUAAUAAUUACAAUAUCUAUUUAAGGACAUAUUUUGAACAAUUCAAUCAAACUCUAAGGGCAAUUAACUACCACGGUGAUUAUCUGAAAUAUUGUGAGUUAAAACUGUCUUCAUUACGGCAUAGACACUUUUCAAUCUUCAUUAUUUCGUUCUUCCUGCCUCUACUUUACACGUUUUUGUCACUAUCUCCGGAAGAACUGAAAGACACAGACAGUUCCAAAAUUUUCUCAGAAGUAAAUGAUGAAACUGGAAAUAUUUAUCAAAAUCCAAAACUCGUGGCUGAACUUCGAAAACUUUUGCCGAAACUUUUAUAUGAGGGCUACCUGGAUUAAACCAUUGCCAUCAUAGAAGUUCUACCUGGUGCGAUUUUUGAAAUACAAAUGUUCAGGGUGACAAUUUGAAAUUAUAACUUCACCAAAUACAUAAUUCAAUGGUAAGAAUCUCCAUUGGUGUGGGAAGUCUGAAUCAAUCAUAAAAAUUAUAUAUAUAUAUUAAGACUAUUGUCAUUUCUUAUCAGUCAUUCGAGUGCCAGCUCGAAUUAUACAUAAUAAAUAAAUAUGUUCUACAAUUGUGUAUGCAGAAAAUUAUGUCAAUUCAUAUUCAUACAUAUUUAUACAUAUGUAUGAUACUUAUUCGUGCUGAUUGUUAUUUACCUUCUAAAUCUAUACUAAAUUCCCAAUGUAUUGAAUUUUACCAUUUAUGUAUGUAAUUUAAAUUACUCUUCAAAUUUUCCU